CGCAAGAAAAGCAAGAAGAAAAACAAGAAGAAAAACACCCACGAGCAACAGUCGAGGUCACGCCCACCUCUUGGUGCAAGCACACGAAAUGUCGAGGCAUAUCGACAUGGCAUCAGUUCCUAGAUAAAUCGCCCUCGGGGACGAAGCGAGGCGUGCUGUAAGCGGAGCCAUGUCGACGCGCAGCUGGGACUCUUCCGACUUUGGACCUGGGAAGAUGGUGCGGUUCAAUGCGGAGAGCUUCUACGCGCACCCUGUGGGCAAGGUGCUUACGGUUGCCGCCUACCUUGGGCUUAACAUCAGCCUGAACAUGGUGAACAAAUGGACGCUAAGUAUCUAUGGUUUUCGGUUUCCCAUCGCGCUCUCCAUCGCACACAUGGCGUUUAGCUUCUUUGCGCUGAGCCCCUUCAUGCUCACCAAGUCGAUGCGGGAGCAGCACCACUCAACGCUGUCCAAGCAGUGGCCGGGCCUCUUGUUCAUCUCGAUCUGCUUCGCCAUCAACGUGGGCCUCAACAACGUGUCGCUCACCACCAUUUCCCUAAGCCUGAACCAGGUCAUCAGGGCGAGCAUCCCGGUGUUCACGGCGAUAGGCGCGGUCGUGAUUGAGAAGAAGCCGCCCAACCGGCAGGAGUUCCUGUCGCUGCUGGUGCUGGUGGGCGGCGUCAGCAUCGCCGUGUACGAGGGCAGCGGCACCAAGUCGUCAUUCACGGGCGUGGUGCUGUGCCUCAUCGGCACGGCCUGCAACGGCCUGAUGAUGAGCAGCAUCGGGCGGCUGCUGAGUGAGAAGCUGGACGUGCUGCGGCUGACCUUCUACACCGCGCCGCUAACGCUGUGUGUGCUGGUGCCCUUCUUCAACAAGCUGGAGGCGCCGGGCUACUACCAGUACGCCGCCAGUGGGACGGCAGGUGGCGCGUACAUAGUCGUGAUCCUGCUGGGCUGCCUGAACGCCCUGCUGUACAACCUGAUCCACUCCCUGGUGAUUAAAGUCACCAGCUCCGUGACGACCACCGUGAUCGGGGAAAUGAAAAUUGUCUUGAUCCUGCUGCUGUCGGCCGUCGUGCUGGGCGAGAGCGACGUGUGGACUGUCAAGAUGAUGAUUGGCUGCACCACCGCCAUCCUGGGCUUCUGCAUGUACAGCCACGGCCGCAUGAUGGCGGGCGCGCAGACGGUGCCGGUGAUCAUCAAGGGCGUGCCAGAGCUGUCGCCAAGCCUGACGGAUACGCUGCGGUCGCCGCUGCUGGCGAUGGCCGGUAAGCCCUCGCGUAGCUAGGCCGAGAGGUGAGCGCGUUGACGAAUGAGUAGGUACGGCAGUGGUGAAGGUAGAGGUAAUGGGCGGGUAUGCGUGUGGAUAAGGGAGGAAAGAGCGCAUAGUGCAAGGAUGAGGGAACCUGCAUAACAAUUGGGAAGGGAGGCUAGGGAGUAGGGAGACACAAGCUGCUGAUGCCAGCUGAUGCACAACAGGGUUUUGAUGCCGAGAUGAACGUGGAUAAUCCGCUGUGAUUGAACGUGUGUGCCCGGGGAGCGUAUGCCCAGCAGUGCGGAUGCAACAGUGAUUCAGGUGGGGGGGCGCGGCGAGGGGGGGGGGUGGGGGGCUGUAGCUGGACGUGGGCCGACACGACACGGUGGGGCACACCUUUUCAGAGCGGCCAACCUUUUAACAAUGUUUGUUAUGCAAGCGUGGAUGUAACGCAGUCUUCAA